AUGCUUUCAAUUAUCAAUGGUUUUGUAUCUAAGAACGAAACAAGCAUACAAAAGAUUCAACCAAACGUGAGAAAAGAAAACAAAACGAAAAAUAUUUCUUUGAAUGCAAAUAUGGGUGAGAACGAGUCGCAUAGAAAAGUUUUCGGAGAACUGUUGCAAAAAAGUAAAAACAACGAAUUAAUGGUCGAAACAUGA